UUUAACUAAUAUUUUUUACUCGGCUAAAAAGAAUGCAGGCUGUAAUGAAGAAUGUUGAUUGCAUCAUUGAAGUUCAUGAUUCAAGAAUUCCAUUCUCUGGUAGAAAUUCCGAGUUUGAGUAUACAAUUGGUGGAAGACCAAAGAUACUUAUACUAAACAAGGCUGACUUAGCAGAUAUGUCAUGCAGAAAGCAGGUUGUGGACAAGUUGAAAAGAGAUGGUUGUUCAAGGGUUUUGUUUUCUGAUUGUAAGCAUGACUCAACUAACAUCAUCAAAAAGAUUUUGCCAAGUAUACAAGAAUUAAUCCACGACGCAGGCAGAUAUCACAGAGCAGAGAACAGAGAUUACAAUGUUCUCGUGUGCGGAGUUCCUAAUGUUGGCAAGUCAUCACUGACGAAUGCAAUACGGCACAAAUACUUGAGAGCUGGAAAGGCUACCCAAGUAGGUCCAACUGCAGGAGUUACCAGAAGUGUACUAGAAAAAAUUAGGGUCUGUGAUGAGCCAUUGACGUACAUUCUAGAUACCCCUGGAGUUCUGGCCCCCAAUGUAAGGAAUGUGGAAGUUGGAAUGAAACUGGCACUAUGCGCCACACUGCAAGAUCAUCUGGUUGGAGAAACAAUUAUUGCUGACUACUUGCUGUACUGGAUGAAUAGACACAGGAGAUUCGAGUACGUCGAGCACUUUGGUUUGAAGGAGCCCACGGAUAACAUCACAGAACUGCUCGUGCCGAUUGCAAUACACAGCAACAAGAUACAGAAGAUACGAACGUCUGAAGGACGCUACGAAUACAAGCCGAACAUCUCGCAGGCGGCCAGGGUGGUUAUGGCGGCAUUCAGAACGGGAAAGCUCGGCAAGUUUAUGCUCGACGAUGACGCGCUUGACUCCUUAUCGGAACCAGCGGUGGCAGACAAUGCGGGAGACGCGAGGCACCGUAGCUGACAGGUAUACGCGGCCACGGCGCCAGUAGCAGGCUGCAGCUACGUACAUGCUUCAGACACGUGACAGGCAACCGUGAAAUGUACAACGCGGCGUGAUUACGCCUGGACUUGUGGAACGAGCCCGUUUUCACAAACUCGUAUAUUCUUACAGAGAUAUUCCUGUAGAUAAAAUGAGAGUAGUGUAAAUAAAGAGGCAUUGAAAUGCUUGGUAUAAUGACUGAUAA